CGUGGUCGCGCUGGGAUGGAUUCUUCCUCGUCCUCCUCCGCGGCGGGUUUGGGUGCAGUGGACCCACAGUUGCAGCAUUUCAUCGAGGUGGAAACUCAGAAGCAGCGCUUUCAGCAGCUGGUGCACCAGAUGACUGAACUUUGUUGGGAGAAGUGCAUGGACAAGCCUGGGCCAAAGUUGGACAGUCGGGCUGAGGCCUGUUUUGUGAACUGCGUUGAGCGCUUCAUUGAUACAAGCCAAUUCAUCUUGAAUCGACUGGAACAGACCCAGAAAUCCAAGCCAGUCUUCUCAGAAAGCCUUUCUGACUGAUCUCAGCAUUACCUUUUUGGAAAAGGAAGGUAGUUCAAGAAAGGAACAGCUGUUGAUGGGAUGGUUGAAGAAAUGGCUAUGGGGAAUUGACUGGCUCCCACCUUUUGUCACUCUUGGGACAUCUUGUCAUCUGAGAAUGAACAAAGACCAAUUUUCUGGUGUGGGGUUUGAGGGUCAUAUAUGUACUUGGUUAUGUUUUUAAUGCUAAUCUUGUGAAAAUAAUUGACAGAUGGAAAACUAUUAGACGCAUAUUACUGUAUGUGGGACUAUGCUUUUCUCAAGGUCCCCCAAACUGCUUCCUAUGAGUUUGAUAGUGAAAUUGCUCUCUGUAAUUUGAUGGUGGGACCACACAGGCAAAAUCUCUGUUUGUGUGACUUCAUUUCACAUUUUGGGGGAGAUAUUUUUGUCUGUCCAUAAAGGCAGCAGUGGGAGAAUUAUUAUUUGGCACUUAACUAUGGGUCUCCUUAUCUAGUAUUUGACUGUCAAUGCUGGGAAAAAAAAAAACCUAUGGAGUGUAUAUUCAGUUACACUUCAACUUUCUAGGUUGUCCUCCUCCCCUAUACUAUGAUUUAUUUAAACAUAUCUAAAUUAUGGUCUCAAGGUAGAACAGGCAACCUGAUAAUCUAAAGGUCUUUAAUUAUAAAGGAAUCUAGCCAAUGAACAUAAUUCUCAUUACUAGAUUUCCACAGGAAGACGUUAACUUACCCUGUAUAUCAGGGUAAAAAAAAAUUCUAAAGAAAUUACAAAGAUUUAGGCCAGUCAAAAACUAACAGCAGUUUCAGGUAGAGAUGCAUGCCUGAUGUUAAUCAUUACAGAUUCAACUGACUGCAUUCUUUUGAUCACUGAAAUAAAAGCUUCUACUCUGUGA